CACUGGGCGUACCAGAGCGCUCGCCGACCCAGUCGCUGACCAUCAGACGUUUACUGUACACCAAAGCAUCACCGGGAAUCUACGGUUAUCUGCCUCUACUUCACCACCACCAUCUCCUCUCUCCUCAUCACCACCUCCCUAAGGACACAAGCAGCCAACAUGGCCGACUUCCAACCGCUCAUGUCCCACCCCCACCCCUACCCACACGAUCUCACCAUCCCGCAAUUCCUACUCGACUCCCCUUCGCACCCGCUGCGUCCUACCCGGCUCGCAGGGAGUAGAUGGCUGGUGGAUGACGACACUUCUCGCGCUUAUGGCUUGGAGGAGAUCAGGGAGAGGGUCGAGAGGGUCGCCAGGGGGAUCAGAGCGCAGUUCGGAGUAGGGGAGGGGGAUGUCGUCUGUCUGUUUAGUCAGAACCAUAUCGACUAUCCGAUCGUCAUAUGGGCUCUGCACAGGCUAGGCGCAGUCGUAUCAUGCGCAAACCCCUCCUAUACAGCGGGGGAACUGACGUACCAACUUCGCGAGACCUCCUCCAAAUUGCUCUUCACCUCGCCCUCCGCCCUUCCCACCGCUCUAGCCGCAACUGCCGAAGCGGGGCUCUUUUCCCAGGAGAGGGUGGUGGUAUUCGGCCCUCCUCCCCCUGAACCGCAACUUGAUGGACAGGGGUGCUUCUUCAGCUCUCAGCCUGAGCCUACGUGGGACACCAAAGAUGGGCAGUUCUUAACCGUGCAGCAGAUCUCCCUCCUCGGUUGGCACUCCCCGCCAAACUACGUCGAGCCCCGUGGUCCGAUGGUCGGCGACAGCGUAGCCUUCCUCUCCUUCUCGAGCGGGACCACCGGCUUACCCAAAUCGAUUGCCAUCGCGCAUAGGAAUCUGAUCGCCAACGUCAUACAGGUCGUGGCGCAUAACAGGACGAACGAGGAAGGGCUGAGCAGGGAGGACCGAUUUGCUAUGCCGGGGGAGGUCGCACUCGGAGUACUACCGAUGUAUCAUAUCUACGGUUUGGUGGUCAACCUGCACGUCGUCCUCUUCUCCGGCCUUGCCCUAGUCGUAGUGCCCAGAUUCGUGUUCAAGAACAUACUGGAAAGCAUCGUCAGGCACCGGGUUAGUCAUCUUUAUAUCGUUCCCCCGAUGGUAGUGAUGAUGCUUAACAAUCCCCUAACCAAAUCCUACGACCUGUCCCAUCUCCGUUUUGCCAUGGUUGGCGCUGCUCCUCUCUCCCGAGAGGUGACGGAGAGGUUCAAGAAGCAGUUUCCGAGGGUCAGGAUGGGUCAGGGAUAUGGGAUGACCGAGACUUGUACUGUUGUUUGUCAGUUCGAAUUCCAAAAAGAAUCCGUCAACGGCUCUGCCGGCAAACUGAUUCCCCACACCCAAGCACGCAUUAUCCUCCCCUCCGGCCGCCCUGCUGGCCCCGGCGAGCCUGGUGAGCUCUGGGUUAAAGGACCCCAGACGGCGCUCUACUACCCUAACAAUAAGGCCGCCACGGAGGAGACGUUCUUACCCGAUGGGUGGGUGAGGACGGGGGACGAAGCACUUAUCACAAAGGAGGGGGAUGUGUAUGUUCUCGAUCGACUGAAGGAAUUCUUGAAAGUAAACGGCUUCCAAGUCGCCCCCGCAGAGCUUGAGGGACACCUGGUUGUGCACCCGUACGUAUCCGAUGCGGGCGUCGUCGGCAUACCCGACGACAUGAGGGGUGAAGUUCCAAUAGCGUUCGUUGUCCUCUCCCCCGAGGGGAAGGCUGCUGCUUCUGGUGCCGGUGCGGCAGGGGAGGGGAACGCAAGUGAAGAGAUCAAGAAAUGGGUCAGAGACCAGAAGGUGAGGUAUAAGUGGUUGGAGGGGGGCGUGGUAUUCGUCGACGCUAUACCGAAGAACACGAGUGGAAAAAUCUUGCGCCGCUUGUUGCGCGAUCAGGCGAAGGAGAUUGUACAAGCGAGGAAAAAGGGAAUGGUCGUGCUCGCCAAGCUCUGAGAUAGCCUCGGUUUCAAUUUAGUGAUAUUUGCAUGCGAGAUGGGCAUUGAAAUAGAGGAUCGUCCAGCUCUCGGUGCACAGGCGUGGAAAUUUACGGAGUUUGUGCCGUAGUCCUUUGACACGUCGCGGGCUAUGUUUUUCUCUUCUACAUCUUGUCUCAGGCUCUUAACCUCGCGUUGC